UUCUAUCGUGUGAACAUACGUGAAAUUUUGGAAAACAAAAAUUAACAUGACUGUGACCACGUGUGUUUUGUUGAAUCAGUCAUCAUUUGUUGUUUUUAUGUAAUUUAGCGCGUGUCAUCUGGUUAUUUUCAUUAAUUUAUAGCACAUUUGCUUAUCUACAUAAGGCCAAUCAUGCCGAAUCUUAGAGGAAUCAUUGCCAUCGCUGUCCCAGCAGUAACAGCAUUGUUGGGCUUGUUUUGGUAUUUAGGCAGAAAGAAGGCAACUUAUAAAAAUCCUCCAGAUAAGUCUGAUCAAUGUGUACCUAAACAUUUAAUGAAAUGUACUAAUCCAGCUCCUGUGCCAUGUGGAAAAUCUGAUGCAGAUUCAUUGCAUCUUCAAGCUGAUCUGGCAAAAGGAGAUGAAAGAUUGGUUUCUCAAGAUGCAGGAGAUGCAAGUCUGGUUUCUCAAGAUGCAGGAGAUGCAAGUCUGGUUUCUCAAGAUGCAGGAGAUACAAGUCUGGUUUCUCAAGAUGCUGAAGAUGAAAUUUUUCCUGACUUAGCAGAUGAAGACCUUUCUGAUUUAGCAGAUGAAAUGACGGUCAUUGAAUCCCAGAUUAUUCAACCUUCACUUGUGUCAUCGUCACAAACCACUUUUGAAAGUCAGGAUAAGAUGGAAAUGCUCAAUACAACUAAAUUAAGUGAACCAGAAGUGAUUGAAGAAGUAAUAGGUCUUAAAGAAGCAACUAGUGUUUCUUGUGUGCUACCAUCUCUCAGAGGUUCUGUGUCUCAAAAUAUUGAUUCAAUUGAAAAUCUGAAGAAAACUGAAAACUAUAAUAAUAAUGCCUCAAGUAAUAUCUCAAGUUUAGGUAGAUUGCAGGACAACAACUGCGGAAGUCCUCAUCAGCUGGACAUUCAUAAUGCUGCUGCUUGUGAUGACAGUUCUAGCAAAUCAUGGCAUGAAAAUAUUCCAGAAGAUUUGACCAACACUGCUCUUGUGCCAAAUGGUAUUGAACAGCUGUCAAGUGAACAAAGUAUGCAUAAUGAACAAAACUAUGUACAGGAAAUAGAAGACCCAAUUUUUUCUGGUAACAGAGAUGUAAGUGAUUAUCACAGUAAUGGAUGUCGUUCACCAAGCAAUGGCAAGAAUUCUGCAAGUCCCGUCCUGAAGAAAGAUAAACAGUCAGACUCCUCCAAUAGCUGUGAUAAUUUCAGUGAGGUAUCAAAUGAUAGCGGCACAGGCCACAGUGAUCAUGGUAACAUCUCCCCACCAGAUGAAGACCGUCUGUUUGAGUUCAACAUCCCGGCUAACAUGUGCGGCCUACUUAUUGGAACGCGAGGGGCUACAGUGCGGGACAUCAGUCAGAAGUCUGGAACCCGUAUCCAGGUGCAGAACAACCCCUACAAUCACAAGAUGAAAAUCUGUGUUAUUGAAGGCACAGCCAUGGGCAUAGAGACUGCCUGCAGUAUUAUCAAGGCCAAGUUCCCAAAGCUGAACUUCCCCAGUCCCGAUAUGGCACCUGCUCCAAAAAACCCUGUCCUUAUUCCAGAGAUCAUGCAGUUGGCACUGCCUGAAGGGAUCACAGUGGACGUUAUAGUGUCCAGCAUUGUGGACGCAGGGCGGAUCUUUGUACAGCAACCCACCCACCCCACAUACCCGUCCCUUGAGAGACUCAACACCUUCAUGAGCACCUGCUACAUGCAGGAGGGGGCUGUCCCAGAUAUACCACGACCCAUUGAAUCUGGAGUGAUCUGUGCAGCACCAAUGUUCAAUGGUUGGUACCGUGCACAAAUCAUGAGCACAUAUGAGGCUACGGACGAAUGUGACAUCAAAUAUGUUGACUACGGAGGGUACAGUCGAGUCUCUUGUUCCUUGCUGAAGCAGAUUCGCAGUGAUUUCAUGACCUUGCCAUUUGAGGCAGUUGAGUGCUAUAUGGCAAAUAUCACACCACUGGAAAAUGAGGCGUUUUAUAGCCCGGAGGCAGCAGUGGUUUUGGAAGAGCUCACUCAGGGGAAGUUACUCCAGGUACAGGUGGUUGGCAGGGCAGAGGAUGGUGUCCCUUUCGUGCACAUCUACCAGCUUCUUGCCAACCCAAUGAUGACAACAGUGAUGGUAAACAGAGAGAUGGUGAACAGGGGUGUGGUGAGGUGGUCAGACUCUUAGCUUUAUGGAACCCAACCUACUCAUCAUCUCUAAUUGUGCUGGUCCACUUGUAGCUUGAAGGAUGCCCACCUUCCCAAUGUCUGUAAUGGGACUGAUUCACUGCCACUAGUUGAAUAUCUGCAUAUGUGUUGUGUAAUGGGGACAUGAAUUAGAUUAUUGCAGUUUUUAUCAAUGUCGUGAAACACCAAAAGACUGAUGCCAUUUAGUUCUUUGCAGUCUAACUGACCUGUUGUUAUGAUAGUUGUGCUUUUUGGUUGUUGUUUGCAUUUGGUUUCAAAUGUUUAUCGGGAAUAAAAUGUUCUUUUAUUAGAGUACCAGCUAGUCUAUGUAAAUGGCUGGUAUGAUAUAUUUACAGUUAAUUUUACCAUUCUGUGGUUUGACUAGUUUGGUAUUUUACAGGAAGAUCAAAAGAUUUUUUAUAAACAUGCCUGUAAAGAAAUAAUUGCUCUAUGGACUUUUACUGGUAGAUAAAGAAGGCAUCAAUUUUUUACUACAAACUUGUGCACAAUGCACAUGUGAGUGAUGAACAGAACAAACACUUAAACUGAACAAGUUGGACACUUUUUGGCCUAGCAUACUUUGGAUUGUAUGUUGCAUAAUGUAAUUUAUAAAAUAGAAACUGUCUACACAGUUGUCAAGCGUAUUUUUGGCUAAUUUGGCACUUUCUCUGCAAGAAUAGCUUGAAUGAAGGAAAGCCUCAGGUGCAUUGGCAGUGCAUACUGUGUUGGAGUACGAAUGUAAUCUUUGCUUGAACAUAGUUAAUGUAUUCAAAUCUUUGCAUUAAAUGUAUUAAGAUGUUUGACAUUUAAUACUUAGAGAUAAUUGGCAUUUAAUAUUUGAAGAAGUUUUGCAUUCAAUUUAUUAAGAUCUUUGCAUUUUAGUGAUCUCUUGUUUAUAGAAAAAAAGGUUUUGCAUGAUAAGAUUGUUUGUGAUUUUCAUACUUUCAGUAUUUGCUAUGGUUGACACUAUGAUGGUUUGGUGUGCAUGUAUGUGGGCUUGUCCAUCGAUUUUGUCUGGACUGUUAUGUCAUCAUUCAUCAUGGAAUUAGCUAAUUGUUAUGCCCCCAUUCAAAGAAGCAGGAUAUAUUGGUUUGCACCUGUCUAUAUCAAUUUUGACAUAAUAUAUUAUUGUGACUUCAUCAUCAUGGGAUGUCAACAUACUUUGGCACGAUUGGUCAUCUCGUUGAAACUUGAGUCUCUAGGUCAUUGGUCAUUGAGCUUCUGUAAGAACUGUGUUUCUAGAUAAAAGGUCAAGGUCACAAUUGAAGAUCAGAGGUCAAAUAUGAACAUGAUGCAGCUUGUCUAGACAUUGACAUAAUCAUUCAUCAGAAUGACAUAAUCAUUCAUCAGGCAUUUUUACAAUGUUUGCCAUUUGCCAUGCUCAAGACCUGUUUUAUAAGGACUCUUAAGGUCAAUAUAAUAUACAGGUAUCAUUCAGCUUGUGCAUGCUGGAACUUAAUCAUUCAUGGAACAUUUUUAAAUUACUUUGAUUUGGUAAUGACCUGUUGCAUAAUGCUUAGUGACCUUACUUCAAACAUAUAGGUCAUGCCUUGGCCGAUUCUACAAAAAAUGAGGAUGAUAUACCUUUAGUAAUAUAGCAUGCUGUACAUGGUUACUAUGCAUUAGGAAAAUGUUCGCACAAUUCUUGUUUCCUGAGCUCAUAGGUCAAGGUCACACUCUAUAUAUUUAGAAUAAUGAAGAUAUAAUGGCAUUCUUUAAAAGAGGUUUGGCAUGUUAUGUUGUCAACAUGUAUUUAGUUGAAUUUUGUUGUAUGUUACAUGUGAACAAAUAUGUCUGGAGUGUAAGGAGUACAUUAAUGGGGUCCACAUGUUUUGCACGAAAGGUUAUUUAUUAGGUAAAGUACUUAGCACAAAUGGUUUAAAUGAGUUGCAUAAUGUAAUGUAUCUGUUGUACAGAUUGUUGUCCAUCAUGAAAGUGUACAAUUGUUCAGUUAUGGAUGUUUUCACUUAAAUAAAAUGUACCAUUUAAAAUCAUGUUUGAUGUGAAACUUGUGCAGAUAAAUUGUAAUAACAUAAAGGAAGAUUGACACUAUGUUUAAAUGUUGACAGGCAUCUUAACCAAGAAACCAGGAAAGAAUAACAUAUUUACUUAAAAAUUAACAGAUUGUUUUCAGAAAUUGUAGAGAAAAAAUAAUUGCGUGAGGGGAAUUUACUCUCUUAACAAGAAAAUAAUAUUUAGAAGCUCUUGUAUCCCAGAGUUUUUGGGCUACUAAUCAGAUAAAUUGUUAUGUAACAAAUUAAUAAUGGCUUAACAGAUUAAAUAAUAAACCUGGUUAUAUUUUUAUUGUGCAAAUUUGUCUUUUUUCCAGAUAUCUAAAAGUGAAUUUGACAAUCUUGAUAAAUCAAUAGAAUCUUGUAAUUACAUGUUUUUUAAAGAAAAAUACAUACAUUGUAAAUUUAUGAUUGUAGCAACCAAAAGUAUCAUUUUGUCUUAUUUCAAUUGAAAAAGUAUUAGCAUAUAUUAGGAUAUAUCUCAAAUAUAGAUAUAAUGUUUGAUUAGACAGAUCCACAGGAACGAUAUGUGUGUUUUAGUGUACGUUUGUUUGAAUGGUUUCAUUGUGUGAUUUAUUGACUUAUUACUAACAUAUUUGUUGCUUGCUAUUUAAGACAUGUUUGUUAGUGUAUUUUACGUCAUUUGUGACUUUUCUGUUUUUAAAGUUGUUUUGUCUGAAGGCAUCAAUGGUUAUAUAUGAACGAGUUGAUAGAAAGGGCCAUUAGUUUGUUAUUGUUACAGCAAAAAACUUCUUUUUGCUCUAGUAAACUUUUGAAAAUAUCCCCCCUGAAGAUACAUUCCAAACAAAAACCAAUAUUCAAUAUUUGAUUUAUGUAGAGGGAGAUUUUCUAAUUGAAGGAAUGUUACUUCAUGUUUACUUAAAAAUUAGUUAAAAAAAAAAAAAAUGACACAAACAUUUGCCCCCAUCCAAGACUCAUUGGUCAAACAUCAGAUUCCUAAAGGAUUGAUCAAAUGUCAAGGGUCUUAAAAGGAUUGGUCAAAUGUCAGAGUCUUAAAAGAAUUGGUCAAAUAUCAGAUUUUUGAUAGGAUGGGUCAGAUUUCAGAUUUUUAAAGGAUUGGUCAAAUAUCAGAUUCUUAAAGGAUUGUUCAAAUAUAAGAUUCUUUAAAGGAUUGGUCAAAUGUCAGAUUCUUUAAAGGAUUGUUCUAAUGUCAGAUUCUUUAAAGGAUUAGUCAAAUAUCAGAUUCUUAAAAGGAUUGGUCAAAUGUCAGAUUCUAAAAAGAAUUGGUCAAAUGUCAGAUUCUUAAAGGUUUGUCAAAUGUCAGAUUCUUUAAAGGAUUGGUCAAAUAUCAGAUUCUUAAAGGGAUUGGUCAAAUGUCAGAUUCUUAAAGGAUUGGUCAAAUGUCAGAUUCUUUAAACGAUGUGUCAAAUGUCAGAUUCUUUAAAGGAUUGGUCAAAUAUCAGAUUCUUAAAAGGAUUGGUCAAAUGUCAGAUUCUUAAAGGAUUGGUCAAAUGUCGCAUUCUUAAAGGAUGGGUCAAAUGUCAGAUUCUUAAAGGAUUGGUCAAAUGUCAGAUUCUUAAAGGAUUGGUCAAAUGUCAGAUUCUUAAAGGAUUGGUCAAAUGUCAGAUUCUUUAAAGGAUUGGUCAAAUGUCAGAUUCUUUAAAGAAUUGGUCAAAUGUCAGAUUCUUUAAAGAAUUGGUCAAAUGUCAGAUUCUUUGAACGAUUUGUCAAAUGUCAGAUUCUUAAAGGAUUGGUCAAAUGUCAGAGUCUUAAAGAUGCUGAAACAAUUGUAUUAAUACAACACAUUGCAUUCAAUUAAGGUUGGUCAAAUAACGUUGAAUGUUGAUUUGUACAAAUUGAUGUUUGUAAAUUGGCAUGGAACUUAAGGGUUAGUUAAUUGUGAUUUUUUUAGGGUGGUCAAAUGUUGGUAUGAUAAAUAACUGUAAGCUCAUCCAAUCUGUAAUCCUAUGAACACUGUACUGAAACGUUUUAAGAUGUAUUCCCACUGAAUUUCAAAAACAAAUAAAUAAUUCUCACAAAAAGACUAAAUGUUGUGGAAUCUAAUUGUUAAAACUUUUUAUCAAGAUAUGUGAAUAUUUAUGCAAUUGUAAUGACAAUUUUAUGCAUUAAUGGGGUUUAGGAAAAAUAAAUAACAUCAACAUCACAAGCCAUUAUUUAAAAAAUGUUUUCCUUUAUUAUCACCCUCUGCUCAGAUUUGUGAAGACCGAGUGAACGAAUGCACUUUGUGGGCAAAUGAAACUUAUUUCAAUGGUUUUGACUUGUUUGAUUGUUAAUAAACCCAGAAUUUUGCUGUGCUGAUGGGGAGAUUUUUCAAAGCAAGCUACAAGUAAACACCAAUAAUCAUUCUUAGACAUGUUUGCCUCUCACUGGUUUGUUCCUAUGAGUAUGCGGAUUGUGUGGAAGGAUUUUCACUUAUUUAGAUAAGAGGCUUUUUUUGGCGAGAUUGUGCAUUUGUCUUUGUUAGUUUAUUAGGAGUCUCGUGUUAAGGAGUUAAUCAUGUGCUUGCUGUAGAUUUUAUUUAAUAAAACGUUGUAUAUUAAGUUGUUUAAGAUUAAUAAACCCAGCCUUGUUCUUA